AUGGCUUCAUCCAUCGCAACCAUUCUCUUCAGUUUGCCCCAAAAGAACCAAACCCGCACCUUCUUAUGCAAUCCAUCCAAAGCAUCCUUAUCACAAAACAUUCUAACCACAACCAAACUCAAACACAGGGAAAGUUUCAAAAAUUACACAACCAAUAUUACAUGCAAUGCUACGCUGUCAUCUACUGUAGACGCCACUCAGAAACAAGAAGAACAAGAGAAGACACAAAAGCCCGUGGCGGAGGUCUGGCGCAAGAUCCACGGGGAGGACAACUGGGCCGGGCUUCUUGAGCCCAUGGACCCUGUAAUGAGGGCCGAGCUUACCCGCUACGGUGAGAUGGCCCAGGCCUGCUACGACGCCUUCGACUUCGACCCCUACUCCAAAUACUGCGGCAGCUGCAGGUUCCCCUUACCUGAAUUCUUCGAAUCCCUGGACAUGGCGCAGGUGGGAUACACCAUGACUCGUUACCUCUACGCGACGGCGAACAUCAACCUCCCAAACUUCUUCCGCAAGUCGAGGUGGCCCCACCGGAUGUGGAGCAAGCAUGCGAACUGGGCUGGCUUCAUCGCGGUGUCGGACGAUGAGACAAGCAGGCGUCUGGGGCGGAGGGACAUCACGAUCUCGUGGCGAGGGACCGUGACGCACGUGGAGUGGGUGACCGACCUCAUGAAUUUCCUGAAACCGAUCUCCCCGGACAUACCCUGUUCCGACAAGGGCGUAAAGGUGGAAGCUGGUUUCUUAGAUCUGUACACGGACAAGGAAACGGAGUGUGGGUAUUGUAAGUACUCGGCGAGGGAACAGGUUCUCGGGGAGGUGAAGCGGUUGAUGGAGGUUUAUUCGGAUGAAGAGGUGAGUAUUACGAUAACGGGACAUAGUCUAGGGAGUGCAAUGGCGAUACUGAGUGCUUUUGAUAUUGUGGAAAGUGGGGUGAGCGUGGGAAAGGGUGGGAGAAAAGCGCAUGUGUCUGUGUUUUCGUUUUCGGGGCCGAGGGUGGGGAAUGUAAGGUUCAAGAAGAGGUUGGAGGGGGAGUUGGGGAUAAAGGUGCUGAGGGUGCAUAAUAAGCAUGACAUGGUCCCGCAGUCGCCGGGGUUCUUCUUCAACGAGGGGUCGCCGCCAUGGGUGGUGAAGCUGGUGGAGUGGUUGCCCUGGUGUUAUUUGCACGUUGGGGUGGAGUUGGAGUUGGAUCAUAAGAAAUCGCCUUUCUUGAACCCUAAUGGGGAUGCUUCCUGCGCGCAUAACUUGGAGGCUCACCUGCACUUGCUCGAUGGAUACCAUGGAAAGAAUGGAGGAUUUGAGAGAACGAGUGAGAGGGACCUGGCUUUGGUGAACAAGGACUGUGACUUCUUGAAAGAUGAGCAUUCGGUGCCACCGCGGUGGAGGCAAGACCUGAACAAGGGCAUGAUCAAGACUGAAGAUGGAGUGUGGGUGCUGCCUGAGCGUCCCUUAUCUCAAGAUCCCCAUCAAGACAUCGAUCCCCAUCUCCAGGAACUAGCUCUCCCUUCUUCCAACAAAUCAAUCAAUCCAUCAAAGACAAGUACGUGA